AUGGAGGAUACCAUGACCAACACCGCCAAUCAGAGUCUCACACUUAUUCAGCACGGCCGGGCCGUUGGGCAUGGUUAUCUUGAACUGAACUUCCAUGAUCGUCCUGUCAGCAAACACUGUGCUAUCCUAUCUCGCCUCGAUUCCAGACUCGCUAUUCACUGUCUCAGAAUGGAUCCCGAAGCUAGUCAAUACCCCACGAUAAUAGCUGUCAUGCAUCAUCUGGCCAAUGGCAUGUUGGUUUUCCACCUAGAGGCGCUCCGUAUCUAUGCUGCCCAUCUUGAGGCCCACACGGCGUCUAACCAAGACUCGCCCUACUUAAUCCCCCGAACGUUUCCUAUCUCUCAGCUCCUCUUUGCUCAUCAUCUGUCUACUCAGUCACUCAUCUCUCUUCCACAGACACUUACUUUGCUGAACUUCAAUCUUGACCAGACAACAGCCGCUGGCCACUAA